AUUGCUCGGGCUUGCUUUAAGUGGGCUUUAAGGAGGGAGUGGGGCUCUUGGGAAUCUAUGGGUGCCUCUGAGCUGCCCAGAAUAGGCGGUUCGCUAGAAGGAAAGGCUUGAGCGAAGCCUGGGAAGCAAUCCAAAGGAAACUAAGCUGUGCCCUCCCGCGCAUUCCACCGAAGAACUGAUGCCACGAGCGCCCUUUAUUGAUUAUCAAUCGGGGACACACACGCAUGUAUCAAGCAUUGAUUUAUUCAGUUCCCUAACAACCCAACCUGGAGCAUUCUGCAAACAGCCGUGGACUUUCGUUUCUAACUGAAGACCUACGGUAACAAGGUCACAGCCCUUCCUUUGAUGCAGCCCAUGCUAGUCUCAAGUCCUCUCCCACAGAGACUCAAAAAUGGCAAUUUUCGUCCAAAGGUAGCCCAGCUCAGGUUGCGCAAACUUGUCUCCCGGGAUGUUGGAAGACGCUCUCCGCUCGCUUGGCAGGCACGGGCGGCCUUCCGGGCUGUCCUCGGGGACCUUGCCCGCCCGGCGUGGCGAUUGUGCAAGCGCAGCUGCGUGCUGCUGCAAGGCGGGCUGCAGCCUGCAGGAGGACAGGGAGGUGCGCUCGCUCGCUCGCAGCGCACCCGCUGAACCCUGGGCUCGACGCGCCUUUUCUGGGUUAUCUCCGGGGUGGAGUCCAUGGUGCGCAGAGCAUCGGUCACCCAGGCCUAGGCGCCCUCACUCACCUUGCUGACUCCAUCCUCUUCCCACUCCCGCCCCUCCGCGUUCCUCCCAGCUUUGCCAGCAGGUCCCCCUCCACCCUACUCAGCGUGCUCAUUGGCCACCCUAGCAUGCCCUGUCUCCAUAAAUACGAGGUCCCUGGUCCUGGGAGCUUGAGGAGGCACAUCAGACCCGGCGGCAUCGCUUCCACCCUCCUUGACACCCUUUGGCUGCAGACUUAGAAGUCCAAUUUGCAGACCCACAGAGGACUCUCAGAGCUACCAAACCCCGGCUGCUCUUCUCCAGCCCCUGUGGCCGGCUCAGGGCAGGCACCUGCACCUUAAGCCGCUGAACCUUGCAGCAUCCCUGAGCAUCUGCCUGUUGGAAGUCCCUCCAGCUCUAUACGGCUCCACCACACCCCCGAGUUCUGUUUGCCUCUCUUUCCCAAAUCGCCAAGACUUCAGAACCCAACAGCACCUCCGAAACACUUUUCUCCUUUCAGCCCCUGCUCCUCCUUGUGUCCCACGUGUCUCCUGCUACUAUGAGCUGCCCCAUUGACAAAAGGCAUUCCCUGAUCGCCUUCCUGAGCCGGCUGCGAGACCUCGGGCAAACCCCUAGACCCGUGACAUCCAAAGUGUGCGCUUCCAGCCCGCCAAAAGAGGUGCCCCUCUGCCCUCUGGUGACAGGUGGUGAGAGUCGGGAUGCCACCUCUCUACCUGGACCAACCAACUGGCCACUGCUAGGCAGUCUACUGGAGAUUCUUUGGAAAGGUGGCCUGAAGAAACAACAUGACACGCUGGCAGAGUACCACAAGAAGUACGGCCAGAUUUUCCGGAUGAAGCUGGGCUCCUUCGACUCGGUGCACCUGGGCUCGCCGAGCCUGCUGGAAGCUCUAUACCGUAAGGAGAGCGCGCAUCCCCAGAGACUGGAGAUCAAACCCUGGAAAGCCUAUCGGGACCACCGCAACGAGGGCUACGGACUGCUGAUCCUGGAAGGAAGAGAGUGGCAGAGGGUCCGCAGCGCCUUCCAGAAGAAACUAAUGAAGCCGGCGGAGAUCCUGAGGCUGGACAGGAAAAUCAAUGAGGUCUUGGCUGAUUUUAUGGGGAGAAUAGACGAGCUGUGUGAUGAAGGAGGCCGCAUCAAAGACUUGUACAGUGAACUGAACAAAUGGUCGUUUGAAAGUAUCUGCCUUGUGUUAUACGAGAAGAGAUUUGGGCUCCUUCAGAAGGACUCUGCAGAAGAAGCUCUGACCUUUAUUAUGGCCAUCAAGAUGAUGAUGAGCACAUUUGGCAAGAUGAUGGUGACCCCCGUGGAGCUGCACAAGAGUCUCAACACCAAAGUGUGGCAGGCGCACACUCUGGCCUGGGACACCAUUUUCAAAGCAGUGAAACCUUGCAUUGACAACCGCUUGGAAAAAUACUCCCAGCAGCCUGACACAGAUUUCCUUUGCGAUAUUUACCACCACAAUCAUCUCUCCAAGAAAGAACUGUACGCGGCUGUCACUGAGCUCCAGCUUGCCGCAGUGGAAACGACAGCGAACAGCUUGAUGUGGGUCCUUUACAACCUAUCCCGGAAUCCCCAAGCGCAACAGAGACUUCUUCUGGAAAUCCAGAGCGUGUUGCCCGGGAAGCAGAUGCCACGGGCGGAAGAUGUGAGGAAUAUGCCCUAUUUAAAGGCCUGUCUCAAAGAGUCCAUGCGAUUAACCCCAAGUGUGCCGUUUACAACUCGCACUCUGGACAAACCAAUGGUUCUGGGUGAAUACGCUUUACCCAAAGGAACGGUGCUAAUGCUAAAUACCCAGGUACUGGGUUCCAGUGAAGACAAUUUUGAAGAUGCCAGUCAGUUUAAACCUGAACGCUGGCUGCAAAAGGAGAAAAAGAUCAAUCCCUUUGCCCAUCUCCCAUUUGGCCUUGGGAAGAGAAUGUGCAUUGGGCGCCGACUGGCUGAGCUGCAGCUCCACUUGGCUCUUUGCUGGAUCAUCCAAAAAUAUAAGAUUGUGGCUACAGACAAUGAGCCUGUCCAGAUGCUGCAUCUCGGCAUCCUGGUACCCAACCGGGAACUGCCCAUUGCAUUCUGUCGACGGUAAGAUGCUGAGAUUUUUCUCUUCACCAAGAUCAAGACCAGCAAUCUUUCCCCUUCUGCAAGAAUGGUGCUUAUGGCUUCAGUGUUCCUAGAUGGCAAACUUCAAGGACCAGAGCAUGGCACACAUUGCCUUCGGUGGAAGCUAUUGUCUAGACAAUGAUGUUUACUAAGACCAGUGACUCAGGGAAGCAUGAGUGGCCAGCCCCCACCCCCAGACGCACCACUGGUUUACAUCAGCCAAUCAGAACCCUUCUUGGUUCUAUAGCCUUGUUCAAGCGCCUGCUGCUUCCCCGUCUUCUGUGAUAUCACAGUCAGUCAGCCAUUCUCGUAAAGGUUGCUGAAUGUUUCUGCUACCAAACCUAAAGAAGCAUCCUUAAUUCUCAUCUCGAAUACAGAAACACAGACCUACUAUGGCUUAAUUGUCUGGGGAUCUGAGUGGUUCUGACUGCCAUUUAUUGUAACUCUGUUUUAUGAAAUAUUUGUGAAAUGCCGGCUGUCAACAGAGCUAAACCUUAGGUAAAAGCUCUCAGGAAGCUGUUUUUCCUGCAUACAAGGGAAAAUGUUGCUGGGAAUUAGAACUGCCUAUUUUAAGAAGUUCUUUAGCGAAGCCAGCUCCUUGCUUAAAGACGCCUCGUUCACGAGCAGGACUCUGUAAUUUUUUAUCUCAUUGGUUCCUUUUCUCUGUGGUAUUGGACGGAUGAAUCAGCAGUUUCUAAGCUGUGCAUGUAUGUGUGGUUGUGGGCUCUGGGAGUACUUUACUUCAGUCAUGCUUUUACAGAAAAGAAAUAGGGAACCCAAUUUAGGGUCUGCAGUGUGGGACUGUGUCCUAAAAUUUAGUCACAGCUUAAAAGUACUCCUUGCAACUUUAAGAAUAGAACGUUCUGUGCCUUAAUUUCUUCAUCUCUUUAAAGUGAUAAUGGUAACGUAAGUGUACUUAGAGACUACCUAUGCAACUUGUGUAGUGUGACUUGAACUCCCAGGGAAAGCAUGAUUUCCUCAGUGCAAACUGUGGGAUUAUGCACUACUCACAAAACUUACAAAUGUUUACAUAUAAUUUUCGAAUUUUCUAACCAGCACUCUUUUCUGUAGAAAUUUACUGUUUAUUUCUGUAUAUUUGAUAAAGAUUUCCCUUUUAGGUUAUGGUUUUAGAAUAAUUCUGAAAUAUACAUUGAUAUGUACAUUUGAAUGAGUAUGCGUGUAUGGCUAACACAGGUAUAUGCUUUCCCUCUUAUGAAAUUAUCUUUACAGUUAUAAAUCCAGACACUAAAGAUGGAGUUCUGGGGUAAGAGUGUUUACCUACUCUAUGUGGGGUCCUGAGUUCAAGGCCCAGGACUGCCAAAAAACAAAAAAUAAAAAUAAAAUGAACAAUUA